UUAUAUCAAGUAAAUGUCGUUUGCUACGAAAAAUAAAUUUUUUGAUGAAGAUAAAGUUAUUUAUGCUGUUGGAAGCAAUCCAACCUAAUUUCAUUCCCAGUAGAAAAUUUAACUGUUGGACAGCUGCUAUCACAAAAACACAUCGUAAAGUUUAUGAAAGAAUGUAUCCUACAAUUCUCGUAUUUCCUGAUGGAAGUAGUAUCAACAUUGAAUACCAUAUACCAAGAAAAAUAAUUACCUUACCUCUCAAUUUCAAAUUACUAUCAGAUGAAGAAAAGAAAUUGGUACUGGAGAGACGAAAACCUAAGCAAAAAGUUAAAAUUGAGGAAGAUCUUGAAGAUGAUGGUUUCAAUGUAUCUAAAUACCUGAAUUUAGUGAAAAAGAAAUAGGUAUUUUUAUAUUUUUUUUAUUGUUAGUUUAUAACUAUUGUAUUAUUAUUAUUAUUUGAGGAAAUAAUUAUGAUGAUCUUAUGUAAGUUUGUGAUUAAAUCAUUUGAUACUUUA